UCAAUUUCUAUUUUCUUCCCCUAACCAUAACAAACCUUUGGAUCGUCGAUCCAUUUUAUUUUUCCUUCCUUUCUUAACUAACGCGACAUCCUCAUCACUCUUUCAACCGCGAGAUCGUCGAGCACCGUUCGCCGCAUCUUUGAGCAACUGUUUUCGCGUUUUUCUCUUAAUUAUUUCACUCUAUUAAUUACUAUACCCAAGCACCUGCAAACAUGGGUGAAUCUCGACAAGAGCUGGUGCAAUGGCUUAACAGCCUGCUCCAGCUUAACAUGACCAAAGUCGAACAAUGCGGUACCGGUGCCGCUCUCUGCCAGGUCUUCGAUAGCAUCUUUCUCGAUGUACCGAUGUCGCGUGUCAAGUUUAACGUCAACAGCGAGUAUGCGUACAUUCAGAACUUCAAGGUCUUGCAGAACACGUUCACCAAGCACCGUGUCGAGAAGCCUAUCCCCGUCGAGGCGCUUUCCAAGUGCAAGAUGCAGGACAAUCUCGAGUUCCUGCAGUGGACUAAGCGAUUCUGGGACCAGUACUACCCUGGUGGAGACUACGACGCUGUCGCUCGCCGAAAAGGCGCACCUGUCUCCGGCGGUGGCGGUGGUCCUGCCGCACGAGCCACCAGUGGUGCCGGAUCGGCCGCAGCUAGACGAGGCGGCACGACGCCCACGACCGGUAUUCGCGCAGCCAAGGUUGGCGGUGGUGGCGCCGCGUCUGCCGCUCUGCAGCAGGAGAAUGCGACGCUUAAAGAGACGGUCGUUGGUCUCGAACGUGAACGAGACUUCUACUUCAGUAAGCUGCGAGACAUAGAACUCUUGAUCCAGCAGGCUGUCGAGGAAGAUCCCGAGAUCGAGAAGGCGGAAGAUGGUCUCAUCAAGCAGAUCCAGGUAAUACUGUACUCCACCGAGGAAGGCUUCGAGAUCCCUGCCGAGGGAGAGGCACUGGACGACCAGGAGACAUUCUAAGACAAGACGUUUACAAAUAACGGACAACCUGGAACUAAAUAAUGAACAGCCAUUCCCGGGAAGGCAGGCUGAUAGCCCUGGAGUAAUUUCGGUGUAGCUGUAUGAGGAGCCGAAAGGACAGGAUGAUACGAGUGCUGGUGAAGAGAGAUGCAUAGGAGACGGUUGUCUUUGUCCAAUAUGCACCGUCAUAGGGACCAGACCUGUGAUGCGUUGGAAGACAUAGUCUACUUUUAGGCUACCUAAUACUCUCUCCUCGGCUCAAGGAUAUGAUACCUAGAGUUUGACAAUUGACUGAUAUCAACAAGGGCCUUCUCGGCUUUUUAUACCAAAUUCGUUGCGAGGUAUUCGUCUAUGUUGUUUGAUUGAUCCAUGCUAACAUCCCCUUAAUCCCUUCUUUACGUAUUCUAGGUUUCGACUUCCAUCGUCCGUUCAAGGUUCUUACAAUAAGGUUUAGGUACGUAGCUAUAUUUUGGCCGACCUCGAAAAUGCAGUUGCCAAGGUCUGCGGGUUCUUGCUUCAGUGAUAAUCCAUUUCCGAGAACGCAACUACUGUUAAUUCAUAUUCGGGAUUCCUCUCCGGACCUACUCUUUCCUCAUGAUAACCUUUGGC